AUGGCGCAGUAUUUCUUCGAUCUGCUAUAUAAUUUCACGGAUUGCAUGUGCUGCUUUCCCAGCACGCCGCAACUGAAGAUCAACAAUCGCAGCUUUAAAAUGCUGCGACUCCUAGACAAAUCAACCUCCGAACUCUUUGCGCUGAAGAAGAUCCGUUGUCCAUUCGGUCAGGAGUCCGUCUCGCAGGCCCUAAAGGAAGUGGAGGCAUACAACCUGUUUGCGAACCAGUCCAACAUCAUCCAUUCGAUCGAUCACAGCGUUGCGACCGAACCGGGGUCCAAGUUUCGCGCCGACGGGGGCGAUGCUGGCUCCAAGACCGUCUACAUUCUCCUGCCGUAUUACCAACGCGGGAACCUCCAGGAUGCGAUCAACGCCAAUCUAGUCAACCACACCCGCUUCCCCGAAAAGCGUCUAAUGGUGCUGAUCCUGGGAGUCGCCCAGGCUCUCCGCGCCAUGCACCAGUACCGGGUGAAGAGCGGUUCCGGAACCACGCGCAAGGCCAAGGCGGUUCGGCGGGAGGGCGCAGAGGCCGACGCGGAGAGGACGAUGACCAUGAAGCCCCAGCGAAGGGCCAGCCAAAAGGUUGCGGACGACGAGGAGGACGAGGAAAACGAGCCGUUGAUGGAUGACGAGGUCACCCAGAGUCAGCAAGGAAUUGCGGAUGGCCAGCUACGCCCCUAUUCCCACCGAGACAUCAAGCCUGGCAACGUAAUGAUCGAUGACGACGGUCGGAGCCCGAUCCUCAUGGAUCUGGGGUCCCUGGCGCCUAGUCCCAUUGCCAUCACGUCGCGGUCGUUGGCCAUCGCCGUCCAGGAUACCGCAGCCGAGCAUAGUACCAUGCCGUAUCGCGCCCCCGAACUGUUCGAUGUCCAGACGGGCUCGGUAAUCGACACCAAGGUCGAUAUCUGGUCGUUGGGAUGCACGCUCUAUGCCUGUCUGGUAGGCAAGAGUCCCUUUGAAGCGCGAAGCGAGGAGACCGGCGGGAGUCUGAGUAUGUGUAUCAUGGGUGGCGAUUGGCGAUUCCCCGACGAAAAGUCGGGCGCAAACAAGGGCAAGUCCAAGACGGGAGGCGGAGACGCCCAGCAGGCCGAUCCCGCGACCAUCAGCGACCCCGUCAAAGAUGUUGUCCGGAAGUGCUUGCAGGUGGAACCUGCCGACCGACCAGACAUCGAUGAACUCAUCCAGCUCAUCGAAAACGCCAUCAAGGAUCUUCCGGACGACGAUGGGAUCUCAGGUAGCUCCCAUGGGGGCAAAUCGGACAUUGUUCUCGUCCCUGAACCGUCUAAUGAUCCUGACGAUCCGCUCAAUUGGUCGCCUCGACGGAAGCUGUUAUCGACUAUUUGCGUUACUGGGCUUUCAAUACACACGCUGAAUGAGGGUACUGGUUUUUUUUUCUUGCUUGCGGGUUGGGGACUGCUAUUUUGGCAGCCGUUUGCACUGCAGUAUGGGAAGCGGUUGACGUUUCUGGUUUCAUUGAUUGGGGUUAUAGGGUACAGCAUACUGACGAACAGGCCAUUUGUGCAAAAUAAUGGACAGUGGAUAGGACGAAGCAUACUGGCGGGCUUCUUUACAGCCCCAAUUGAAGCCCUCCCAGAGGUCGCCGUGACCGACGUGUACUUCACGCACGAGCGCGGGACCUAUAUGGGUCUUUAUGCCUUUUUCCUAGCCGGAAGCAACUACUUUGCGCCUGUGAUCUGUGGCUUCAUCGCCGAGCACCAUGGGUGGGAAUGGGUCUUUUACUGGCCGGCAAUUUUCUGUGGCUUUGCGUUUGUGUUUCUGUUCUUCUUCAUGGAGGAGACCAACUAUGUGCGCCAGAUGGAAGUACCCGAGGAAACCCCCGAUGAAUCUCCAGCUCUACCAGAGCCGACUGAGAAGGAGAAACCUGUUCCUGUUGACACGACGCAGGGCGAUGCGGAACGAGGAGUAGUGUAUAAUAAGAGAAGCUACCGUGAGAAGCUCUCCGUGAUAGGGGCCCGACAGCCGAGAAACAACAUGUUUCGACGGUUCUACCAGACGCUGUAUUACUUGAGUUGGCCAGUGGUUUUCUACGCGGGAUCCCUCUUCACCGGCCGCUUCAGCGACUGGCUCACCAUCCGCCUGGCUCGACGCAACAACGGAAUCAUGGAAGCAGAGCACCGUCUUUGGCCUUUUGCAGCCUGUCUACUACUCGUUCCUGGAUCCUUACUUCUGUGGGGCGUAGGAGCAGCACACGAAGUGCACUGGUUUGGGCUAUUGGUGGCUAUGUGUGUAUUGGCACUGACCAACACGUGUGGCGUGACUCUGAGCGUGAACUAUCUGGUGGACAGCUACCGGGAGCUCAGUGGUGACGCCAUGUCGAGUAUUAUCUUGGUUCGCAAUACGAUGUCGUUUGCUGUUGGCUAUGGGAUCACACCGUGGAUCGAAAACCUCGGGUACCAGGAUUGUUUCAUAUCGGCUGCGUUUGUCGGCCUGGCCUGUUCGGCUGUCUUCCUCGUCAUGAUCAAAUGGGGCAAAGGGUGUCGUAUUCGCAGCCGCGAGAAAUACUGGGCUAUCGUACAAGAGAACCAAGCGAAAGGGAUGGGCCAUUGA